AUGGCAAUUGUAGGAAUUAAUGGAUUUGGAAGAAUAGGAAGAAUGUGCCUUCGUGCUUGCCUUGAAAAAAAUAUUGAAGUAAAAUUAAUCAACGAUCCAUUUCUCACAACUGAAUAUAUGAUAUAUCUUUUUAAACAUGACUCUACCCAUGGGUCAUAUCCUUUACCUUUGGAGUGCGAUAAUGAGUUUAUUAUAAUUAGUGAGACAAGAAUAGCCACGUCGCAAGAAAAGCAACCGUGGAAAAUACCUUGGAAGAAUAAGGGAGUGACGUACGUAAUAGAAGCUAGCGGAGCAUUCACAACUCUAGAGAAAGCAAGUUUGCACAUCGAUGGCGGCGCUAAAAAAGUUAUUAUCACUGCACCGUCGGUCGAUGCACCGAUGCUCGUUUUCGGGGUCAAUCACACUUGUUACAGUCCCAAGAGAGACAAUGUCAUUUCUGCUACAUCCUGUACUACAAACUGCGCAGCUCCAAUUGUCAAAAUCAUGCAUAACAACUUUGAAGUUCUCGAGGCGAUGAUAACCAGCAUACAUGCAAUGACAGCAUGUCAAAAUACCGUGGAUGGUCCGAUAGAAAAGCAUCGACCUACGGCAUUGUGGAGGGACGGUAGAGGCGCUCUCCAAAAUAUCAUUCCGACCGCAACCGGCGCGGCUAAGUCAUUAGCCAAAAUUAUUCCCGAGCUGAAAGGCAAGAUCUCAGCCAUAGCGUUCAGGGUACCAAUUCCCAACGUUUCAUUAUGCGAUAUGACAUUCAGGGUUAAUAAACCGGUGACAUAUGAAGAAGUGAAAGAGGCGAUGAAAGAAGCAUCCGAGGGACAACUGAAAGACGUGCUGGGAUACACGGAGGACGAUUGCGUGUCGUCGGACUUUAACCAUACGACUUAUUCUUGCGUAUUCGAUGCCAAGGCAGGCAUUCCGCAGACCAGUACUUUCAUCAAGAUCGUUGCUUGGUAUGACAACGAAUAUGGUUACGCGUAUCGUAUAGCCGAUUUGGUUCAAUACAUGUAUAAUGCCGAUUUCGGCAAUAUUCCUGUAAAAGAACAAGUUCUUGAGCAUGGUGAUGAUUAG